GUAGCCUACGCAGGAAAUAAAUCCGAAUCGAAUUCCAAAUAGCCUAAGCGGCCCGCAGCCCCACACGACGCGGACCAAAUUCACAACAGUUGGAUGGCCGCACCGGCCAUGGAGAGCGCUGCUGUAACGGCCCUUCGCUCGGUGCUACAACGAGCCCACCAGGCAGCGGAGAGGUCAGGAAGGCCUGCCGAGCGAGUUAGGGUGGUGGCUGUCAGCAAAACGAAGCCCGUCUCCCUCGUCCGACAGGUCUACGACGCUGGCCACCGAUGCUUUGGCGAGAAUUACGUGCAAGAGCUCGUUGAUAAGGCCCCUCAGCUUCCUGCAGAUAUCGAAUGGCAUUUCAUCGGGCACUUGCAGAGCAACAAAGCCAAAUCCCUUAUUGCUGCUGUCCCCAAUCUUGAAAUGGUCGAGAGUGUGGAUGAUGAGAAGAUUGCAAAUCAUCUUGAUCGUGCUGUUGCAAGCAUUGGAAGAAAGCCUCUGAAAGUUUUAGUCCAAGUUAAUACCAGUGGGGAAGCAUCAAAAUCUGGUGUUGAUCCCUCAGGUUGUGUAGAACUGGCUAAACACGUUAAGCUGGGGUGCCCAAACCUCGAGUUUUCUGGCCUAAUGACAAUAGGAAUGCUUGAUUACUCAUCAACUCCUGAGAAUUUCAAGGCAUUGUCUGAGUGUAGGAUUGAAGUCUGCAAGGCACUUGGAAUAAGUGAAGAGGAGUGUGAGCUGUCAAUGGGCAUGUCUGCUGACUUUGAGCAAGCGAUUGAAAUGGGGAGUACAAAUGUCAGAGUCGGAUCAACAAUAUUUGGGGCAAGGGAGUAUCCUAAGAAAGCAGAAAGCAAGUAAUCUUCAACUUUCUACUAGUGGUUUUAAGAGGAUGGCAUGUUCCUUCACCUCUCUACCAUCGUAAUCGUGCAAAUUAUUAAAUGCUAAUAUCUUUGUACUCUCCCAUAAAGUUAUGAUCAAAAUUGAUAUCUUGACUUUAAUUCCCUUUAAUCAUAGCCUUUUUUACAAUUAUUAACUGCAUGGAUGUCUGCCUUCUGAAUUUUAUACAAUGGAAUAGCUAAUUGCUUAAGAAUUCCAGAAA